AUGCCUAAAGCAAAAGCAAAAGCAACCACUAUAGAAAACGAUUCAGAUAAUCCAAAUGACGAUGAUGAUAAUGAAAAUGAUGAUGAUGAUGAUGACGAUGAUUCAUUCAAUGCUUUACCAACUGGAGUUUUAAAACGUUUACAAGUUAUGAAAUCAGAUAAUGAACAUUUUAAAAAAGAAAAAAAACGUCUCGAAGGUAAAAAGACCGAGACAAAAACUGUUCGAGAAGCCAUCGAACAGGAAGGAGAUGAUAUGUUGAACAAAAGCGACGAAUUGAUCAAGAAAAUAGAAGAUCAAGCUAAAGUAAUACAAACAAUGGAAGAAGAAAAAACGAAAAUGUAUGCAAAACAAUUAGACAAACUUAAAAAUGCUGCUGAAGAAGAAACGAAUUUAAGAGAUCAUCCAGAAAAAAUCGCCGAUUUACAACGUGAACUUCGUUUACGUGAAAAACAACAAGAAGAUCUCAAUAAAGAACAAGGAAAAAUUGCCGAAGAAAUGCGCAAAGUUCAAGCAGCUCAGGCUGAAUUACAAAUUCAAGUCGAUAAAAUCAAAGAAGAACUUAUAGAAAACGAAAGACUUCUUACUGAAGCAUUAACUGAACGAGAAAGAUGGCAAGCAAAAAUUGAAGAACAACAAGCAUUGAUCGAUAGUAUUGAACAACAGAUAAAAGAAAAUGAAAAAGCACUUGAAGAACUAAAUCAACAACAACGUGAACUUGAAAUUAAACAAAAAGAUUUAAUAAAACAUAUUGAUCAACUAAAUGCAAAUAUAACAAAAUUAGAAGCUAUUCUUAAAGAUGAAGAAGCUCGAGUUGCUCGUCUUGAGAAAGAAGUGGAAGAAACAGAAUUAAAAAUUAAAGAUUUAGAAAAAGAACUUGAGCAAAUACGUGAAAAAAUUCAAAUUGUUAAUGAAAAAAUUGAUAAAAUAACAAAAGAAAUUGAUCUUAGUGAACGAAAAUACGAAGAACUUGAACGAGAAAAACAUGGACUUGAAGUACAAAAACGUGAAAAUGAAAAAAAACUUAAAGAUCUUGAAGAUGAACGAACAGAUCGAAAUAAUCAAUUAAAUCGACUUCAACAAAAAUUAGUUGCAACUGAAGAUUUAUUUAAUCGUGUUGAUAUUAAAAUAAAACAACUUGAAAGUUUACGUGAACAACAAUCAGCUGAUGUUGAAUCACUUGAAAGUGAAAAAAAUCGUUUAGAAGAACAAAAAAUGAAACAAACUGAUGAAGCUAAUGCAAUACGUGACCAAAAAGAAACUGCUAUUCAAGAACGGCAAACAACUGAAACUGAACAUAAAGAAGCUGAAAAAGCUUUAGCUAACGCUAAACAAAGAGAACGUGAAUUAAAAAAUCAAUAUGAAAAAGCAGUUAAUGAUGAAAAUCGAAUAAAAGCACAACUGUCACGAGCUGUUCUGGAAGAAAAUACAGCUAAAAGUGAAAUGCAAGCAGCACAUGCAAAAAUGAAACGAGCAGAACCUAUGGAAACAAUGUGGAAUUUAGUCGGUGCAGUUUUACCGAGUUUAGGUGGUUUUGCUCAAAGUGAAGCACAAAAAGCAAGUAGAGCUCGUGCUGAAUAUGAUAGAGCACGUGAAAAAUAUGAAAAAAAACAAGAAAAAGUAAGUGAACUUCGAGAUAAAUAUGCUACUGCUCAAGCACAUACAAAAGAUGCUGCUAAUUUGCAUAAUGCAGCAAAACAAGAAUCGGCAAGACAACAAACAAAUGCUCAAACUAAUUUUGGAAAGUUUAAUGUAUGUAAAGCAAAAGCAGAACGUUUAAUUGAAGAACAUCGAAGCGCUGUUCGAAAACAACAAGCUACUGAAACAAGCUUUCGUAUGAUUACAAUUCAAUUACAAAAAGCUCAAGCACAACUUGCUUCAACUACAACUGAAAUUGGACGUUAUGAACAAGAAAAAGCAACACAUACAACUCAAAUUAAUGAAAUUAAAUCAAAUAUUGAUGAUAAAAAAGAAGAUAUUCAAAGACAUAAAAGAACAAUUGAUGCUCAUCGAUUAGUUAUGGAUGAAAAUAAAAAUGCUUUAUUGGAUAAAGAUCUUGAAUGUCAACAAGAAAAAGUUAAAUUACAACUUCUUAAAGGUAUAUAUUAA